UUGUAUUCUGUAAUAAAAAAUUAGACCUUAUUAGCCAUGGAUAAACAAGCGAAGAUAACAAAGUCAGCAAUAUUGGAGACGACCAGUAAACACUUCGAUCAGCUGCACAUCAAAUGGUCGCAUAUGUUUGACACAGACUAUUGCCUGGAAUUGAUGCACAAGUUGGAGGAGCGCGUGCGCCACUUUUACAUAGACUUAUUGACAGAAUCAGAUGAGAAGGAGAGGUCGAUCAGGGAUGGGAUUAGUGCACUGCGCGAGGAGGCCUCAGAGGUGCGACGUCUGCUGCACAAGAGUGUGGAUAUUGGAGAGAUGCCAGAGGACAUGCCACUGACUGUCUGGCAACAGAGGCUGGUCGAGAGUAUCGAGCAUCUGCGUGAGGAGCUGCGUGAGCGUCGUGCUGAGAUCUGUGAGUUGCUGCUGCAGCAGGAGGAGUUGUGUGAGGAGCUGGGUGAGUUGCCGCUGCCUCUGUUGGCGGAUCCGCUGCCCAAGCCGCAGGAGAUGCUUGUUUUUUCGGAACACCUGACGCGAUUGCGGGCAGAGCGGACCCGUCGGCUGGAGGAGCUGUUCCAGUUGCGCAGUCAGAUCAAGCAGGACAUGAAGGUGCUGGAGUUGACACCUCAGACAGCUGCAGACGAGCAGUUGCUGAGUCAGGCGAAUCAGUCUCUGACUCCGGAUAUCUUCAAGAGUCUGCGUUGCAUGCAACAGAGGUUUGCGGCCCAGGUUGUGGAGCUGCACGAACGCGUUGACGAUAUGAGGCAGAAGAUUCAUGUGCUGUGGGAGCGUCUUCAGGAGACGGAUGAGUUUGCCAUGCGGCGCGUGCGUGAAGCUACAAAGUAUACGCAGCGGACUUACGAUGUGCUCAAUGAGGAGCUGCAGCGGUGUCAGCAGCUGCGUAGCCAGAACCUCAAGAUGUUCAUAGAGCAGCUGCGGCUGGAGAUCAGGAAGUGGUGGGACUUGACACUCAAGUCACAGCAGGAGCGCAAGCGGUUCUCCAACUAUUACGACGACUGGUACAACGAGGAUCUGUUGGAGUUGCACGAACUGGAGCUGGAUGAUCUGAAGAGUUUCUACAGUGAGAACAGGGAGAUAUUCGAGUUGUUCGCAAGUCGCGCUGAGUUCUGGGCACGCAUGGAGGCCUUGGAGGCGAAGGCCAACGAACCCAAUCGAUUCAACAAUCGCGGUGGGCAGCUACUGAAGGAGGAACGCGAGAGGAAGGCGAUCGGGAGCAAGCUGCCAAAGAUUGAGCGACAGAUCACGGAGUUGGUGCAAGCGUAUGAGUUGCGCACUGGGUCGCCAUUCCUGGUUCAUGGCGAGAACAUCUUGGAGCACAUGGCCAGUGAAUGGGUGCGUCUGCAUCAGGCCAAGGAGCAGCAGAACUCUGCCCGCAAGCAUGUAGUAACGACUCCAUCCGGCACCGGCAAGAUGUUGCCACCUGCUCCAACUGCUCCCCGUACGCCCUUGUCGCAAAGAAACGUUUCUGCCAUGUCGGCAUUUACAAUGUACCUGCCGGAAGCUCCGUCCAAUUGGCAGCUGACUUCCAUGACAAAGUCAGCGGCGAAAACUACAGGAAAUCUUUACAAAAGGAAGCGACAAAGUGAAUCUAACAGCAAAGUAGAGACGCCAAAAGCCAAGCGAAGUUUAACGAGGACGUUGAAUUCGCUGAAGGCGUCUCCAGUCAUGCGAAAGCCGAGUCAACGUCUGUUGGUCAAGAGGCAGAAGCUGACGAAGUCGCCCUUGUGGAAGGUGCGUGUGUUGAAGGACAAUGAGGGCAACGGAAACGUGCAGCAGGAAUUGCCGGAACCUCGUCGCAGCCGAAUGUGGCAGCCAAAGAAGAAAUAAGAGAGAAUUAGAUAAAUAUUAUUAAACGAAUUUACUUAUGUUUUAAAAUUACGACUUAAUAUUGUUUAAACACUAAAAUUAAAUCGACAAAGAAAAUAAUUUAUACUAAUGUGUGCUGGGCAACACAAUUCGAUAAAUUUAAACAAUUUUAUAUAUUUACAGAAUACAUUC